UAAGAUCCUUUGCCAUCCGCCAUUAGAAGUUAAGUUAACCUAGACUUGAACAACUGCACUGUUUCUCAGCUCAGUCUCAUAUUACCUGAAAAAAUAAUGAAAAGACUCGUCUUCUCUGCAAUUCAUUCUCGUAAUACCAACACUCUGCAACACCCCUUGGUUCGUUCCAUCCCCUGCAAUCUUAUCAAAUUUCACUCUUUUCAUCAAAUUUUCGCAAACCCAACAUUUUCCACCUCUGAACAACCGUUUUCUAACAACCCAUCUCCGACCAAAUCUCUAGAUUUCAUCGCUGUAUGUCAAACACUUUCAUCUUACAACAAUGAUUAUAAUAAAGCCCUUGAUUUUUUUAACUGGGUCGAAACUAAUUGUGGGUUUCAGCACAACACGGAAACUUACAAUUCCUUGAUUGAUAUUCUGGGUAAGUUUUUUGAGUUUGACAAAUGCUGGGAAUUGAUUCAAAUUAUGCAAAAAAAAUCAUUUUCAAUGCCUAACUACAUUACUUUUCGUAUUAUGUUUAAACGUUAUAUAUCUGCUCAUUAUGUUCAAGAAGCAAUUGUUAUGUAUGAUAGGCUAGAGGCAUUUGGUUUGAAAGAUGAAACAUCAUUUUGUAAUCUAAUUGAUGCACUUUGUGAGUAUAAACAUGUGGUAGAAGCUGAGGAUUUGUGGGUUAAAAAGAGAAUCUUUGUUAAGUUUGUGAAUGAGACAAAAGUUUACAAUAUGAUUCUUAGAGGUUAUGCAAGGAUGGGUUGGUGGGGUAAAUGUAGGGAUUUUUGGGAAGAGAUGGAUAGUAAAGGGGUUAAGAAAGAUUUGGUAACAUAUUCUAUAUAUAUGGAUGUUCAAUGUCAAUCCGGGAAAGCGUGGAAAGCUGUGAAAUUGUAUAAGGAGAUGAGGAGAAAGAGAAUGAAAUUGGAUGUUGUUGCGUAUAAUACGGUUAUUAAGGCCAUUGGUAUCAAAGAAGGUGUUGAUUUUUCGAUUUCUUUGCUUAGAGAAAUGAAGGAUUUAGGAUGUGAGCCGGAUGUGGUAUCAUAUAAUACGGUUAUUAAGCUUUUGUGUGAGAACGGGAGGAUAAGUGAGGCGUAUGAAAUGCUUCAUCAGAUGCGUAAGAAGGGUUGUUUACCGGAUGUGAUCACUUACCACUGUUUUUUCCGUUGUCUUGUUAAGCCAAAGGAGAUGCUUAGGUUGUUUGAAAGGAUGCUGGAAAGUGGGGUUACUCCGAGGAUGGAUACUUAUGUAAUGCUCAUGAGAAAAUUCGGGAGAUGGGGAUUUCUACGACCUGUUUUUAUUAUUUGGGAUAAGAUGAAAGAACUUGGUUGUAGUCCUAACGAUGCUGCUUAUAAUGCAUUGAUUGAUGCUCUGUUGCAAAAAGGUAUGUUGGAUAUGGCUAGGAAGUAUGAUGAAGAGAUGCUUGCCAAAGGGCUUUCUCCUAAGCCAAGGGAAGAGCUGGGAACAAAAAGUGCAAGUGAAAGGUCUGGUGUAGUGGAGUUGUGAUGCUUUGACCUGUCAGAAUUUGUAAUAUUUUUCCUGGAUUUAGUUUGAAGUGUUUAGUUAUUUUACACUUAAAUUUCUUGUUGAUGAAUAUUUUGGAUGGACGUAAACGAUUUGCUAAUUCAAUAAGAAUUUGAGUGGAUUUGGCUGAUCAAAGCAAUUUGAGAUGCUUGCAAGCUUGACUCUUCCUGUUCUUGAUCUCUGUAUCGGUGAAAAGGCUUACUAUAAUCUGAAAAUACAUAUAAGAGUGCGAACCUGAACCAUGAUCCAUGAACCAUAUUAAAGAAUUUUUCCUCAAGAAGCCAAUAUCUGUUUCAGGGCUAUAUGCCUAUAUCCGGAGUUUACAGUGGAUGGUCCAACUGUUUGCGUUCUAAUGGCUCACAGACUUGAGUGAGAGAAUAGAGGUAUGUUAUAUCUAAUUCGAGACAUUAUCUAUUGUUGUUAAUCGUAGAUAUCUACUUUCAAAUAUAUGAACCAUUGUAUCUCUUUACCUAUGCUUGCAUUUUAUACUUGUAAAUCAUUAUUUCUUGACUUCUCCGGUGUUUCUUUUAGAUUUAUUUUAGGCUUCAAUCUUUUAAAUUUCGACCUGUACAAUUUGGAGCGAAGUAUAAGAAUAAAUCUAUACAUUUACACAUUAGAUUUGCAAUCUGCUUAGUGUAUUUCAGAUGAAAGUGAAAUCAAAAGCUCUGUAUAGCAAUGUCAUUUUUCUCAAUACCUAUUACCAAGUGAAGUAAACCUCUCCAAAUGACUAUGUCGCCAUUCAUCUUUAAGCUUUUGCAUUUGUUUCUUAGUUUCAUUAACGAGUGUCAUUGCAUUCGCAAUAUCUUCUCCUUUAUUAAAACAAAUAUAAUUGAUUGUAUUCUCAAAAACCGUCAACAUGGAGAUUCAAUCUUAAGAUCAAAGUUCUAAAACUAAUAAUUGCACCUCGCAUGUUGCCUGCACCAUCAUAAUUUAGAACGUUAUCCUCAGACCUCGAUAAAUGUAAUAGUGUUUCACCAUCUCUUUCAGAUCAACAUAUUUUAAGUGACGACUCAAAUUCUCUUUAUUAGCAACAUCAGUGAACUCAUCCACAAGAAUAGAAAUAAAAUUCCCAUCAAGUACCUCACUUAGUUCAAAAAUCUCGAUUUGGCGAGUAUAAGGCUAGCGCCUUGAUAGGGUUUGGUAGGCGAAUCCUUAAAGCAAGUGCUUCGUUGUGCCUUUUAGUGCCUAAAUGCAAGCAUCUUGGAGCGCCUUAGAGGGCUUUUUGGUUUUAGACUCGGAAGAAGAUCAUUUGAUACGAACACCCAUGAUGUAUGUUUUCUUGUAUUUCUCCUCUUCUGCUUUCUUAUUUCCCUUCUUUUUCUGGAUUUCUGUUGAUAUUUUUAGGGUUUUUUUUGGUUUUGCUGGAUUUCUGUGGUAUUUCCCGACUUUUAAGCAGAGAAUCAUGCUCACUAGAUGCUCUACCCAAUUCAUAAUUUUUGCUCUAUAAUCGGCUUAUGUAAUAAUCUGUCGUUCAUACAUCCAAGUAAAAUCAUGUCUUCAUCAAAUUAGUUUCUAUUACUAGACUAUCAAAUUUAUGUGUUCUUGAUGAAAAUGAGCCUGCAGGUCAUCUAGAGUUCUGGUAACGGGAAAUCAACAUCGAGAGCAGGCAGUUCUUUUGCCGGUGACUGCCAAAGAAUGAAAAAAUUGUGAACUUAAUGAAGAAAUUGUUCCAAGUAUGGAACUGUUUCAUUCAAACAGAUAUCAGGACUUGUUUCUACGUUUUCAUGCUUUGGCUAUGUCAUUACUUAAUUGUAUAACCAUAUUUCCAUCUGAUUCAAUAUGUUGCACUAUUAGCGUUGGUGUGUAGCUCAUAAUAACGACUAACGAACAUUCCCGUCUCUUUGUAAGUUGCAAUAUUGUCGAGGUAUUGCUAGAAAGUCGAAUCUUUUCUCAAGGUGCAUUCUAAUGGUAAUAUUC